AUGGGUGUUAUGGGAAUGAUUGGGCCGCAAGUCCAUAUCACUCCGCUCUUUUAUGUCAUUUCCAUAUCAAUCCUCAUGCUUCUUAAAUCUGCCUAUAUUCUUUUACUCACACUUUUGAUCCUCAUCGUUAAUGCAUUAGACGCAAUGCAACUUGAUGAGUUCCUUUCCUUGUCAGCAGCUGCAGGAACAGUGACCACCAAAGCGGAUGUAUAUGCAUUUGGAGUGGUUUUGAUGCAGCUAAUUUCUGGAAGAAAAGCUGUAGAUGACACUCUGCCAGAUGAGAACCCUCAUUUGGUCACAUGGUUUUGUAGGAUUCUAAACAAGAAGGAGACAAUUGCCAAUGCCAUUGACCAAACUAUUAACACCGAUGAGGAGACCAUAGAGAGCAUAUACAAAGUUGCUGAGCUGGCAGGACAUUGCACUACUCCCAAGCCAUACCAAAGACCAGAUAUGGGGUAUGUAGUCAACAUCUUAAGCUCUCUUGUAGGGCAGUGGAAACCUGCUUGUCCUAACACUUCAAAUGGAGUUAAGGACAUCUAUAGCUUUGACCAAAGCAUGAGCCUUCCUCAAGAUCCACAAAGAUGGCAAACGAUGUAG